AUGGGUCUCUUCUCCGCCUCGACGAUUGCCCUCCUGCUUAGCGCAGCCAUCUCCUCCACCAGCGCCCAGAGCAUUGCGGGCGCCCCUGCCGAGGCCAACGCCCGGCUCACCGCGCUCACAUACAGCGGGGACUCUUGCCCACAAGAAACCCUCCAGUCCGAGUUCGACCCCAUCCUCGGCGUUGAACGAAGUCACGUCCAGGGCUUUGCAUCCACCAUGGAGGGCGACAGAAGGCUACGUUCCAAGUUCUGCCAGGUGCACAUGGAGAUGACAACUGAUCCGGGAUGGAAGAUCACCGUGAAGUCGAACAGUCUUCAGACGCAGGCGCAUGUAGCGGUGGGGGAGGGCGUCACCGCCUCGUAUUUUUCCACCUGGUUCAUGCCGGGUUCCUUGACGGUCGAUGUCGUGAAGCGGUUCGAGGGACCACUCGACGAGAUUGUGUCUAUUGCUGACCCAAGCCCCGAAUUUGAUGGGUUGCAGCCAGUGUCCGAAUGUGGAGGUGGACAGCUGAUGGUCACCCGCAGAAUCGGUCUUUCAGGGGCUGGUACCGGAACCAUGGAGCUCUUUGGCGACGCCAGUAACGGGGGCCCGAUCAACGCAGACUUCGUGCCGUGGGCGGCGUUGGAGUUCGUGAAGUGCUAG